CAUUGUGGGCAAGGCCAGCCACCGCCGCCAUUUUGUCUCCGUCAGGCGCGGCGCGGGUUGUCGGGGCGAGGCGGCUGAGCUGGUGUCUGGCGAGGGGGAUUCGGUUCUCAGCUCACGAUGAUAUCGGCCGCCCAGCUCCUCGAUGAGCUCAUGGGCCGGGACAGGAACCUGGCCCCGGAUGAAAAGCGCAGCAACGUGCGGUGGGACCACGAGAGCGUUUGCAAAUACUAUCUUUGUGGCUUUUGCCCAGCUGAAUUAUUUACAAAUACCCGUUCUGAUUUAGGUCCUUGUGAAAAAAUUCAUGAUGAAAAUCUACGCAAACAGUAUGAGAAGAGCUCUCGGUUUAUGAAGGUGGGCUAUGAGAGAGACUUCCUGCGCUAUUUGCAGAGCUUGCUUGCAGAGGUGGAGCGCAGGAUCCGGAGAGGCCAUGCUCGUUUGGCUCUCUCACAGAACCAACAGUCUUCUGGGGGAGCAGGACCGACUGGUAAAAACGAGGAGAAGAUUCAGGUGUUAACUGACAAAAUUGAUGUACUGCUUCAACAGAUUGAAGAACUAGGUUCAGAAGGAAAGGUGGAAGAAGCACAAGGAAUGAUGAAACUUGUUGAACAGUUAAAGGAAGAGAGAGAACUGCUGAGGUCCACAACUUCAACAAUUGAGAGCUUUGCAGCCCAGGAAAAACAAAUGGAAGUUUGUGAAGUUUGUGGAGCCUUUUUAAUUGUAGGAGAUGCACAGUCCAGGGUAGAUGACCACUUAAUGGGAAAGCAGCACAUGGGUUAUGCCAAAAUAAAAGCUACUGUAGAAGAUCUAAAAGAAAAGUUACGAAAAAGAACAGAAGAGCCUGACCGUGAUGAAAGGUUGAAAAAAGAGAAACUAGAACGGGAAGAGAGGGAGAAAGAGAGGGAGCGGGAAAGAGAAGAGCGGGAAAAGAAGAGACGACGUGAAGAGGAAGAAAAGGAAAAAGAGAGGGCUCGUGACAGAGAGAGACGUAAAAGGAGUCGCUCACGGAGCAGGCAUUCAAGCAGGACAUCUGACAGGAGGUGCAGCCGCUCACGAGACCACAAAAGGUCAAGAAGCAGAGAAAGAAGACGAAGCAGGAGUCGUGAUCGGAGGAGAAGCAGAAGCCAUGAUAGAUCAGAAAGGAAACACAGGUCUCGUAGUAGGGACAGGAGACGGUCAAAAAGCAGGGAUCGAAAAUCCUACAAGCACAGAAGCAAAAGCAGAGAGAGAGAACAAGACAGGAAGUCAAAAGAAAAAGAAAAGAGGGGAUCUGAUGAUAAAAAAAGUAGUAUGAAGUCCAGUAGUCGAGAAAAACAGAGUGAAGACACAAAUACAGACUCGAAGGAGAGUGAGACUAAGAAUGAGGUCAAUGGGACCAAUGAAGACAUUAAAUCUGAAGUGCAGCGUAAGUAUGCACAGAUGAAGAUGGAACUAAGUCAAGUAAGAAGAGAAACUAAAGCACCUUCUGAAGGAAAUGACAGUGUAGUCCUGCAAAACGUUUUGAGGUACAUUGUUUUGUCUCAGCUAUUUUGUAGCAGACUCGUGCCCCCAUUAGUGUGCCUCUUUGGGACAUAUAUGUAAUAUAGUCACCAUAGAAAAAUUAAUUAUCCUUUUUUAUUUUUAGGGAUUCUGUUAUCUUUUUUUUUAAAAAAAGUUGAACUGGUUUUGUAUUUAAGUCCAUAUUGUGUUGGUACAUCAGCAGAAACUUUUGCUUAAAUACUUAAUAUUUGAGGCAUAUGUUGGACUAGUUUGUUUUCAUUUAAACUGCUAGUAUUUCUUUGUCAAGGAUGUUUCUAGUUUUUUUGCUUUAUUGCCUUGCAUUCUAAUGCAGUUUGUUCUGUAACUCGAGAGCCAGUAGCAUUGGAUUGAUGGAAGUGUAGGGUUUAUGAAUUAUUGCAGCUGACUACCAUACCUCACACAGCGUUGGUGUUGUGAGCGGCCCAUGAAAAGCCAAAUUAAAAAUCAAGGAUUCAGUCAAACUAAGCAGGUACUCAUGCCAGGUACUCCUUUCUCUACCCACAUCCAUGUUUGAAUGCUGUUGCCUGUAAUCUUUAAGCUUACUGUUGUGUUCUUGAUUUUGAAGCUAGUGGAAAGGACUUUUUGUGUAUUGUGUGACUACUAUAAAUCUGAUGUUAACAGAAUGGAAUUUUCUUUCAACUGUGUGUAGGGAAUGCAGUGCUGCCCAGAAUUAGAUAUCUUUAAAGAGUUUAAAAUGCAAUAAACACUACCUAAUAUUCGCCUUGUUACUUUCAAUGCAAUUCAAGUCUUUAAGAGGUAUGUGCUUAAUAUUUCCUACUGUGUAGGAGACUUUGCAGUCAGCCAUAGCACAGAGGAGUGGAAUGGCUGGUAACAGGCUUGUAAGGCAAUUUGUAAAACAAAUGCAGAGACAGAUGCCACCACAUGAUGGCAGUGUUGAUGGCAGGAAUGUAUGCUGGAAACUCUUUGUGGGAAAUGAAGCAGCUAAGCAAUAGGCAAUUAUGUAUUGGAAGGACAACUUGAAGUUUUUUCCCAACUCUUGACAUAGCUUUCUUACAGAAGGUCUUUAGUUGUAUUCCUGAAAUAAGGAACUAACAGUGAAGGUGACAGCUGAUAAAUGAGCUUAUUGCAAUAUAAUUUGUUACUGUAGUUGCAUUAUGUAUGCUAGGACUCUUAAACAUUUAAUGUUGAUAUUAAACCAUUAAUGCUACAUCAUUGCUUCUAAUGGCAGUCAUGUUCAAUGGUGAUGUUUUUGUAGAGUUAAGAUGACAGCUAACAACUGGGCGAGUGUAUAGGAAUGGUAAACACAAUGCUCCUAAUGCUGUCUAAUCGUCUGUUCUCCCAAAAUUUUGCAUUAUAGGACUACUAUGUGAAGAGUCUGCGAAGACAGCAGAAAACAGCUUAAACUGAAGAUCUGCUUUUAAAUGAGGUGAAAGAAAGCUGUAGUGGCAUAGAAAAACGUAAAGUUGAGUUAGAUUUUUUUUUUUUUUUACAAAAUUUAAUUCAGGACUGGUGUUUCCUCCCAGAGUUCAAAAAGAUGUGUUGAUAAUAGCACAUAUGCUACUGAGAAUAUAAGUCCUGUAUCCUUCUUUUUCUUUAAGACUUUUUAAGAUAUGAAACCAACAUAACCUGAACACAUGGCUUGCUCAGUGUUUAAUUGCAAGUUUUCAUUCUUGGACUUUAAAACACAAGAAUAAAUGUUUAGUAUUUGUGUGAAUUGAACUAAGAUGAAUCCCAUUUUUACAACUAAGCAAUUCCUAGCUUCUUGAUAUAUGAGAAAUGGAAAUAAAGUAUCUUUGAAUUUCUGUUACAAA